CAACAGAACUUGAAAAAGUUGUAGCAUUUGGCUACUUUCCGAAAUUUUCUGACACACUGAUUACAAAUAUCUGGAUAAGUAGCCUACAAUCCGUGAAAGGAUGAAAACACUCGCCGUAUCACAACCCGAAUCAAAGAUCAAUCCGCCAUUCUACCAGAGAAAAAAGCAGCCAUAUUAAAAUAACUAUUUUCGUUUGAAAUUAGUAUAAAUCUAAAUAUAUGUACAAAAGUGGUGAGAAAACACGAGACUAGACAUCAGCUCGUCUCGGAAGUUAAUCGAAAGCGUCAGGUUAAGCCUGAAACAUCGACAAUUACUCGCUCCUCCGCGGAGGGAUAUAUUGUGUGUUGGUUUAGCGUCAGCGACAAAGGCAAAGGAAUAUGUCAGCGCUGAUCGGGUGCUACUGAGGAUAUCAAAGUGGCGAAAAAAGUAGGAAUAACUUUUAGGAAGUUCGCCACGAGCAUACCGGCUGACCCGAACGAUAUUUAGGGAUGUUAAAUUCGGACGGUUUAGGUGAAGGACAACAAGCAUGGGGCGAUCGGCGACCAAGAUUCGCGUCCGGAAACGCUCGAUUCGCCGAAAGAAUUGUGAGCGCUCACGCAGACAAGGAACUUAAUGACUUACUUGAUUUCAGUGCGAUGUUUUCACCACCGGUGUCCAAGAAUGGUCCUCCUGGCGGCCCCUCAGGGGCAGGGCCUGGACCUGGGGCUGGACCUGGACCUGGGCCUGGGGGCAAUAUGGAGUUUGGGGGAUACAAGUCUGGUAACCAGAUGGAUGAAGGAACAUGGUCCUCGACAAAUCCCCCAGGCGGCUCGUUUGAAAAUAGAGUACCGAUGUUUGAAGGUCAAAGCUUUAAUGGUCAACAGCAAAAUGAAAAUGUGAACAUGGGUUACCAAGACGUGAACGCUUUACUGAACAAAGAACCUGAGAUACCCUACAGACCUGGAAUGAACUCAUCACAGGUAAGCCUGCAUUGA